AUGGCGCCCCUCGUACCGCGAUUCCACCUCUUCGAAAUUGACGACCAGACAUGGUUCCCCUCCUUCCUCCGCGCCUACGUCCAAGAAGGCCUCCACGCAGCCUGGGUCUACCGCGUCCCCCUCCUCCAAACUUCCUCCCCAGCCCGCCUCGCCGCCCGCAUCCUCCAACAAACCCUCGGCCCCCGCCUCCCCUCCUACACCUUCAUCGACUUCUGCGCCGGCUCCGGCGGUCCCACCCCAUCCAUAGAACGCUACGUAAACCGCCACCUCACGGCCCAGAAACAACCCCCCGUCGACUUUGUCCUCACAGACCUGCACCCCAACACCGAGUCCUGGGCCCGCGCCGCCGCGCGCAGCGAGCACAUUGGCUACGAACCCAAGAGCGUCGACGCCGCGAACGCGCCGCGCGAGUUGGUGGAGGGGUAUACCUCUAAAGGGAAGAAGGUGUUUCGGCUGUUCAAUCUGGCGUUCCACCACUUUGACGACCCGCUGGCGAAAGCGAUUUUGAAAAACACCCUCGAAACGUCGGAUGGCUUCGCGAUUAUGGAGCUGCAGGGCCGUGAUCUCCUGUCCUUCCUGAUGCCCGUGACUCUUGGCAUCGGGUGCUUCAUUUUCGCGCCGCUCUACGCCUGGAGGCUGCGCAGCUUCUCGGUGCUCGUCUUUACCUACCUCAUCCCGAUCAUCCCGUUCGUGUUGGUGUUUGACGGGUACAUUUCUGCGCUGCGGACGAGGACGCCGGAUGAAGUCGAGGCGCUGAUGAAGUCGUGCGGGGGGCGGACCGAGGGGUGGGAGUUUAAGAGCGGGAAGGAGAUGCAUAUGCCGCCGGUUGGAUCUGUGAGAUGGAUUGUGGCGGAGAAGAUUUCUUCGAAAGACUGGUAA